AGAAUUUGGUUCAAGAUAUCCCACAGUAGUAGAACUUAGCAUUAACGCAACAAAUGCUAGCAAGAAAAUGAUGGUAAAAGAGUGGGUUUAUAGAGAAAAUGUUUCUGUUUCUUUGCCAAAUAUAUUUGAUAGAUUAAAACUCUCUUCAUAUUUGGGAAUGGAUACAGCAACUUUUGUAGUUAUUGACAAGCCUGAAUAUGAUUUGGUUUUAGGUAAUUCAUGGAUAACUAGGUUGGGAUAUGAUAUUGAUAAACAGGAUACAAGAUAUUAA